GAACUUGCUGUUGCUGGAACCAAACGACACCGUUUCAAAAGUAAAACAUUGAGAAGUGAACGCUUACACACUGACUAAACUUUGACCCUUUCGAAUUUUGCUAUUUUCCAAACCCUAGCUAAGCUUCACCAUCAUCUUCCUCUAUCACCAACCACAAUCUCUUUCUCUUUCAUUGAUCUCUCUCUUUCUCUCUCAUUGAUCUAAUUUACCUCAUUCUCUUCUCAAUUUUCAAUUAUAAAACCUUCAUUCAACUUCUCUCUCUCUCUGCAUCACCAAACCCUAAUCCACAAUUAACUCCCUGCAAACGAAGAUUACACUGUUCUCUUCAAUCAGUGGAUCCACCUAACGCCAGAUCGAGAUUUUUUUAUAGUGAUGUCUGUGAACAACAAUAACCCUUCUAAAGGCAUUGGCGCCUCUUCAGCAUCCUUUGGUAAUGUUGGAAUACCCUCCCCUUCUAUGUCUACAAACCCCGUGUUUUCACAAUCUCAAGCACAAGCCCAAGCCCAAAUUGCUGCUGGUUUUCAAGGACAGUUUCCUUUGUCUCAAGCCCAUGCUAUUGUUCAAGCACAGUCUAAGGCUCAGGCCCAAGCUCAAGCUCAUGCGCAAGCUGCAGCCGUAGCUCAUGCUCAAUUGCAGGCUCAUUUGCAAGCUCAAGGGUUGAGUCUUAACCAGAAUCAGGUUGGUGGUUUAGGGAAUUUAGGUGUGUCGUCGUCGAUGGUUUCGACGCCGGGUAAUGCUAGUGCAAAGCGGGUUCCUUUGAAACCGCCUAUGAGGCCUGUUGGAUUUUCACCUCAAAACAAUUUCUCGCCAUUGAGACCGAUGGAGCUCACGCCUGCCACACGGAGGAAGAAGCAAAAGCUUCCUGAGAAACAGAUGCAGGAUAGGGUGGCUGCCAUUCUGCCUGAGUCGGCUCUUUAUACGCAGCUUCUUGAGUUUGAGUCUCGGGUGGAUGCUGCGCUUUCUAGAAAGAAGGUUGAUAUUCAGGAAGCGCUGAAAAAUCCGCCUUGUAUUCAGAAAACUCUUCGUAUUUAUGUGUUUAAUACUUUUGCUAAUCAAAUUCGUACUAUACCUAAGAAACCAAAUGCUGAGCCUCCAACGUGGACGCUGAAGAUUAUUGGGAGGAUAUUGGAAGAUGGUGUGGACCCUGAUCAGCCGGGCGUAGUUCAGAAAUCAUCUCCGUUGUAUCCAAAGUUCUCGGUUUUUUUCAAAAGAGUAACUAUUUCAUUGGAUCAGAGGCUAUAUCCCGAUAACCACAUUAUAAAUUGGGAGAAUACUCGAUCACCUGCUCCUCAAGAAGGUUUUGAAGUGAAGAGGAAAGGGGAUAAAGAAUUUUCGGUGAAUAUACGGUUGGAAAUGAAUUAUGCUCCUGAGAAGUUUAAGCUUUCACCGGCAUUGACUGAAGUUCUUGGCAUUGAGGUUGAUACACGCCCGAGAAUUAUUGCUGCGAUAUGGCACUAUGUGAAGGCAAGGAAAUUGCAAAACCCGAACGACCCUUCAUUUUUUCACUGCGAUCAGGCUCUACAGAAAGUAUUUGGGGAAGAAAAGGUGAAGUUUACAACUGUUUCACAGAAAAUAUCGCACCAUUUGUUCUCUCCACAGCCUAUACUUUUGGAGCAUCAGAUCAAACUCUCGGGGAAUAGUCCAGCCGGGAGUGCAUGUUAUGAUGUGACUGUUGACGUUCCUUUUCCUAUUCAGAGAGAGUUGUCUGCAUUAUUGGCUAAUGUGGAGAAGAACAAAGAGAUCGAAACAUGCGAUGAAGCGAUAUGUGGAAUCAUUAGAAAAAUCCAUGAGCACCGUAGGAGACGGGCAUUCUUUCUUGGUUUUAGUCAAUCUCCAGUAGAAUUUAUUAAUGCCUUGAUUGAAUCUCAAAGCAAGGAUCUGAAAGUUGCGGCUGGAGAACCGAGUCGCAAUGCUGAAAAAGAGCGUGGAUCAGAAUUUUUCAAUCAACCAUGGGUUGAAGAUGCUGUAAUUCGAUAUUUGAAUCGCAAACCAGCUGCAGGAAGCGAUGCUCCGGGAAGCACAUGAUGCCAAGAGAAGUCCUAGUGCUCCUUAUUUGAAAAAAUCAUUCAUCCUUUUAUGGUUUUUGUCAGUUAGGAAAAAAAUGGUAGCACCAUAGUUUCAUGUUUCUGUAGUGUUGUAGUCCACAUUGGUGAAUUAUUUGGUUAUUAUAGAGUUCAUCUAUGUCCGCCUAAGAUGCUUGAAAUUAUGAAAAAUUGUACUAGGAAGGAUUAAUUUAUGUAUAGUAUCUUUUGUUGUGACAACACAGGUGAAGAGAAAAUAUGUUGCAUGCCAUGAAAAUCAAUUUGUGAUCUGUUGACGUUGAUUAUGUCAUGUAAAUGAUGUAAUACAAAUAUUUCUGUUUUUUUUUUGGGUCAAGUAGUCUAGUGGUUAUAUCCACGCAUUAAAUGUGGAGAAUCUGAAGUUCAAAUUUGAACUUUUAUAUAUCAAUGUCAUUUAGUUAUCAA